GACCAGUACGCCUUACAUGCUUAUAACUCGUGUUUUAUUAUUCGCUUCUCCAAGCUCAGCACUUUUUUUUUCGUCCCUGCACUGACAAGCAAUCUGUACCCUCUUCGAUAUCUGCAGGUGCAAAGUACCUCUGGGACGGACGUACUGCAGUCUUUAAGAAGCGACGGGAACGAUAAACAGAGGCUCCACGUGAGAGAAGCCCAGCGAGCGCGACUUCGAACCAAGCGGCGGGCGAGCGAGCGACGCACAGCGCAGACUCGGGAACCGUGCGGCGCACCAGCAAGCAAAGCGAGCGCUAGGCCUAAAGGCGACAGAGAAAAGCGCACAGCAGCCGCGAGCAGCGCGGCUUGACGGGAAGACCGAGCCGCCACAAGACCUCCUUCCAACUACGGCGAACGAUUCAUGGCGACCACCCGCUUGCUGAACGGAGCCGCAGGACUCGUUCAAAACCCCGGUCUCGACAUCAUCGGCAAGGAGAAGUCGUCGGCGGGGACGCAGGCAGACGGCUACUACAACGGUGCCGUCUCGUACGAGGCGCUCGGCGGCAUCGACCCGAAGCACAUGGUGCAGACCCAGAUGGCGUCCACCUACCCCCAGUACGUGACCCAAAAUGGCGGCGAACGGGCCGACGGGAAGGACGGCUCUUUCGCCCUGCCCAUCGUCACCACGAACGGCGUCGAGCAGCAGACGAUCGUGAAACAGAAACUGUCGGCCGAUGCUGGCGCAGCCGCGCGCAUGCGCAUUGCUUACCUCGAGCAACAAGGCACUCUCGAAGCCAGGGACAUCACCGGCACAGCCGUCGACAAACAAACUGACCUGGAGCCCGAUGCCAAUGGGGGUGCCACGGGAGUGGUACUCACUGGUGCCCAGGCGGCCGGAGCCGGAGCUGCAGCUGCGGCGGCCGCCGCGGCGGGCAUGGCAGCCGUGGAGGCAGCCAAGAAUGGCCAGCCCAAGCGGCUGCACGUCUCAAACAUCCCGUUCAGAUUUCGAGACCCCGACCUGAGGCAACUGUUUGGCCAAUUUGGGGCCAUUCUUGAUGUUGAAAUCAUCUUCAACGAACGGGGUUCGAAGGGCUUCGGUUUUGUCACGUUCGCAACUAGUGCGGAUGCGGACCGAGCACGAGAGCAAUUGAACGGCACAGUUGUCGAAGGCAGAAAGAUCGAGGUAAACAAUGCGACAGCGCGGGUACAGACCAAAAAGACGCCGACAAUACCCAACGUGGCCGCUCUGCGGGGCGUAGCGAUCCAGCGGGGCCGAGCGCGGGGCGCGGCCGCGGCCCCGUUCGCCGCCGCCUUUGCGCGACACCCAUCACCACUUACUGCAGCGGCUGCGGCUGCUUCCGCACUCCAUGGUUACACUCCUGUGUACCAGGAUCCAUUCCUCGCGUAUGCAGGCGCCGAGAGGUACCAACUUCCGGCGACGUAUGCUGCAAGCGCUGCCUACACAGCGGCGGCAGCGAGGAGUUAUGCGGCUGCGGCUGCAGCUGCGCAACCAGCCGUGGCUUCCUACACUGCUGUGGCAGGCUCCCCUUCGCUCUACUACAGCUACGGGCGGGAGUAUGCCGACCCCUACCUGGGCCACAGCAUAGGACCAGUCGCUGGCUAUGGGACUGCAGUCUACCGGAGUGGCUACAACCGAUUCACUCCCUACUGAGGGUGUCCCGCUAGUGGAGCAGCUACGCCGGGUGGGGAGGGACGAUGAGGGAGGACAAGGUGGUGUCAGUGGCAAGAGAGAAAACGAAGAAAAAAAGCAGCAAAAAAAAAAAGCUUGUCACCGGCAGCAGUUGACAACCAGUGCAACGUGGAAAGCUUUGCCACCUUCAUUGUCGCUCCCUGACUUGUCAUCAUCUGGCUUUUCUUUUUUUUUCUCUUUCCCCCCAGCCUUUAGUUCUUACUUGUCACUCAGCACAUACGGAAGAAUAUGUAGGUGGGAAAAAUUGUCUUUUCAUCACCGCAUUACUCGCCACUCCCCAUUAUAAAAGUGCGUGUGCACCCGUUCUGUCGUCCCUCGCGAGAAUCUGUGCUGCUCACUUUCUCACUGGGGCUGUGGGAGGGGCCUUGGGACACGCGAUCGGCAUGGCGUGUCACCGGCUGUGCCGAUAGUGACGCAAGACGCCUCGUCGUUUCGGUACCUCUCCCCCCACGGAGAAGACUCUUCCAGGCCUGCUGGUUUCACUUCUCGUGCUGUACUUUUUGGCUCUGGAUUUCUGUACCCCCACUCGGAUUUAAUAUCUUAAGCUCAUUCUUUCCAACCUGUAUUUCAACUUCGCACAAAAGGAAUGUAUGAAGCCGUGCAACUUCCUUUUAGUUCCCCAUUUAUACCUGCCGAGGUCACUGUAGCCGUUCAUUGUGCUUCUGUCUGUACUCGCAUUGGGCCCUCCUUUGCAUUGAUGACAUUCUUUCGGGAUAGCCUUCUUCCUUUUUUUUUUUCCCCUUUUUCCUCCUUGGUUAUUGGUGGCGCAUCUGCUCCUCCUGUAGUGAAUGCGACUGCAAUGUAAUUUAAGUUCUUCUUUCGAGCGAAUAAGUCAAAUUUUUUUUUAGAUCGCAUUGAAUCAUCAUCAUUAUUUCUCUAUUCUUUCUUGAAAUUUGGUUGGGCCCCUUUCCCCUUCUUAAGCUGCAUCGGCCUUUGUUUGUCAACCUAUGUUCGCGUUUAUUUUUACUGUAAUUUUUUUUCCGUUGUUGUCGUUUGCCAAGGCGCAUUUUUAGCAUUUGUGUUUAGUCUUCGUCUCUUUUAUUUUGUCAGUGUCGUCGUGUUUGGAUUCAGGUCACCACUUCAGCGUGCAUUGUUGCGGUCAAAGAACGGUGGAGGGGGAAAAGAAAGGCCUGUAAGCGAUGGUUAAGGAGAGAUUUGUACGGAAAGCACAAAAUGCCCUCUCGCUCUGCUUUGGUUAGGGGCAAGAAAAAACAUUCUCUGCAAUGGAUUGAAUGCUCCGGUAAACGAAGUUUUUCACCUCAUUAAGCUCUAGAGCAAGUCAGUGCAGUGUUUUCUCUUAGGCACGGAUGUGGAGCACUGGCAUUAUACGGCUGUAUAGAGGAACUAAAUAAUAAAGUCGAUGCAUUGGUUUCUCCUGACGUCGAAAGAAUUGAACCACACGUGUACCAUGUCCAGCUGUAUUGGUAAAAGUGACUGAAUCGUUACAGAAUGCUGGAGGCGUAGCAACAACCACUUGGCCAGUCACUCGGCAACCAAGAACAUUGAGCUGCUUAUGGAAAGCACAUUUGGCACGCAGAAGUGCCGCGUUUUCUAGUUUCCAAUAAAUCGCCCGUUUGAAUCGGAUGCCCAUACAUAAAUUCCAAUAGUUCAGUAAUAUCAUUGAGUGAGUCUCCCUUCAGUACUUGUAUAAUGACAAGUACAUGAUUAUCCACUCACGCUGACAAAUUUUCUUUUCUACACUUUACGAGGCAUUAGUUAAUGCGGGAAAUCUGCCCUGGGUAGAGCAUUUUAUACUCAGUGUUAAAAGUGAGUCUGUCGAGGUACACGCCACAUUUCACUUCUGUUCUGUGGCAAAUAGCGCAAAAAUGGUAUGGGGGUAGUUCCUGAACCGGAUACUUUGGGCAGUCAGUCAUGUCGCCAAAGACUAAAAUACUCUCGGAAAGUCGCACGAUGGUGACAUACACACAAGCUCAGUUUUUUUUUGUGUGUGUAAUUUUUUCCUUCUUUGUACAUAUUUAUUAUCUUGUCCAAGCAGUCCUGCCCUUCCCUCUCUAUCCCUUAAGCUUUUUAAUUGAGACCUGUAGUACUGUGAAUUGAGUGAAACGACGCACCUUUCUUUUUUCUUCUAACCCUUCGUUUUCCAUCUGGCUGCGUUAACAUCCAAAGCCAACUCUGCAAGCAUAGCAAGUGAAAUACAAGCGAUCGAAAAAGAGGGAAAGGUGAAGCCCAAACGUAAACUGUUUGCAUCACUAAUGACUAAUCUACAGCUGUUGUUGAGGGCACCAGUUCUCACCAGCCUCACCCCCCUUUUAAAGCAGAUAUCCCUCUCCAAAACACUCCUAUCGUAGAGCAGCUUCUGCUUUCACAUUCUGCACGCGUUUUUGAUAAAGUCGUCAAUGCCUUGAGCGAAUUGUAACCGUUAGCCUGGCGUCAAGUUUAGAUAGCUCCUCUUAAUCUUUUUUUUUUUUUUAUCACCGUAGUUUCUGGUUGUGUUCACGUCCCAAUGCUCCUUCGGCUUUUGAAAGGCUCAUCCUCUUGGUAGACCUGUGCUUGUAUAUCCGCAGUCUGGACACAGUAGCUGCAUGUCAUCUUUGCUUUAACAUGGCCGUUUCGUUCCUGGGAGGUGUUUUUCACUCGAGACAUUGUUGCAUGUGGUUUUGUUGCCAAAACGCCUCUUUUGAUGUUACGCUCGUGAGACCAAUACAAGCAUCUGGAAAACGGCAUGUAUUCGUCGCCCUCGCGAGACCACUGUUUUUUGCUUUGGCUUUAGUCCUGUGGCUUUAGGGUGGGCAACUUGUCAAUAAGCAGUUCUCUUUUGCAUUGUCUAUGUCGCCGUUCUUUCAGACCUUUCCCAUCUUUCAACGACUCCGCUAAAUUUUACUAGAUUAUUGCGCGCAAAGUAGUCCUGCCGUUGUGCUUCUCAGUACUACUCGCUGCUUUGAAAAUUCUGUUGUUGCAGCUGAUUCUUUAGUUCCCCACGUGUGUAUACGAGAUUUGUGUGCUUGGACGAUUCGAACCACGUCACUCCUAAACCAUUCUUGCGUGUGAAGUUAAUGGCAGCUGAUGCCCAUUAGUUAGGGCUCUUGCAGUACGUGUGUGUGUGUGUGUGAACCCACUUUGCAUUACGCUUUCAGCAUGUCUUUUACUCACGUUUGCAUACAGCCUUCUUUAGAAAGAGUUCCAAAUGCAAUCAAUAUUCAGUGCAUCUGUUGUCUUCAUUGCUUGGUCACUUCUUGCAGUGAAGUUUGUGGCAGAAUUAGAUAUUGGCAAUAUUUUUUUAAGAACAUUUUUUUUUCUUUUAAUUUCCUAAGCCCAUUAUUCAGUGUAAAUGUGUGAAGACUUGUUUUGUCUACCUCAAGAAUGUCACAGCGGUUCCCUUGUCAUAACCUUUUACUGGGACACUCGAUAUUGGAGUAAAAAGUCUUGGUGUUUUAUUGUGAGGUCGCCCUUUUGCUUUUCCCAAUAUCUUUUGUACCUAUGGUGUUCAUAUGUAGGCUCAGAUGUAUAAAGUGUGCAUCCGCUUUUUGUUUAAAAGAGAGCAGAACACAGGCAUGACAACACGGUCUGGUUUGUUCAAGUACAAAAUUUCUCAACUCUUCUGACCCAUUGAUGUACCACUCUUCAAAGCACUUGAUGCCCUCUCCUUUGCAUGACUAAUAUGAAGGGGAAAAAAAUUUAUCAUUUCUUUUGUGCAAGACUAUGUCUAAGCACAGAAUUUUUGUGUUAAAUAUUCGCAUGUGUGUCCCAUGUCUCUGGUGUGUGCAUUUUUUAAUUGAGGCCAUUUUUGCUACAAACCCUUCAGGAAAAAAAAUAUAUUUCUGCACUGUCGCCACCUUGCAAAGUGUAACUAGGCUGAUACCUUCACGAGUGACGUGCAUGUUGCGCUUUCUUAUGUAUUUUUCCCCCCAACCUUGUUCUUUCAUGAAAGGAUGCGAGCAGUACACGCAAUGAAUCUCCUCUUGUUGCUACACAAAACAGAAACAAGCGAAGCAAGAAGUGGACAAGCAGUCUUUGUUUUUCUUCUUUUCUAUGUGUUGUAUGUGUAAUAAUGGUUGAAUAAACGAAACGGUCGAUGUACAA